UAUGAAUAACUAAAUUCAGAACUCGGUUUAGAUAAAAAGCAGCAAAAAUCUCACACUCACGUGUCACAAAACAAUAAUAUCUUCACUCUUCCAUACGAAUCAAGAUUUCUCAUUCAAUUGCAUAAACUCACAAUCACACACACACACACAGUGGGGUUGAUAAUCUCUGCAAUUGGUUGAGCCAUUGAGCGAUUUGCAAUGGACUAUCCGUGUACGUUGCCAUGCAAAUUCCCUUCAACUUCUAGUGUUAUCGCUUCAAGAAGUAAUCUUAGAUGCCCCCUAAAUAGCAGCCCAUCAAAAUCCUUCUUCAAGAGAGCUGGGAUUCUUGCUCCUGAUGCAAAAAAUCUUGGCCCGUUUGCGGUUAGAGUUGCCAGAAGAGGGGAUUCUGCUAAAUUGUCUGUUUCUGCCGUUUCGUCGGUUGAAACCAGGGAAGGGAUGAAAGAGGAAAAUAGAGAGGAGAGGCGGUCUAAGAAGUUCGGUGACGAUAAGGUUAGGCUGAAGCUCAGACUAGACCACCAGGUCACAUUCGGGGAGCAUGUUGCAGUGUUGGGGUCCGCCAAGGAGUUUGGGUCGUGGAAGAAGGAGGUGAUGAUGACAUGGACGGAGAAUGGAUGGGUUUGCAGUAUGGAUUUGGCGAGCUCAGGAGAGCCUGUGGAGUAUAAGUUUGUGAUAGUAGGUCAGGAUAAGAAGUUGGUGUGGGAACAUGGUGAUAACCGAGUUCUGAAGAUUGAAGAGAAGGGGAGUUUUAGCAUUGUUUGUAAGUGGGGCGAGACUACGGAGGAGGUGAAGCUGCUGCCUUGGGAGGGGGAAGACGAGCAAGAAGUGGAGGCGGGAGGGAGUGAGAAUGGGAAGAGUGUUGCUUCUGCAGUUGAAGAGGGUGUUACCGCUAGUUCGUUUGUGGACCAAUGGCAGGGAAAGAAUGUCUCGUUUGUUCGCUCGAAGGAUAACCUGGAUGGAGAAAAGAAGAUACGCUGGGAGACUUCGGGUCUCGAAGGGAUUUCUCUCAAGCUGGUUGAAGGUGACCGCAGUGGACGUAACUGGUGGAGGAAGCUUGAGGUUGUUCGAGAGCUUGUGGCUGAAAACAUCGACAGCGAAAAGCGCUUGGAAGCUCUUACAUAUUCAGCAAUAUAUCUGAAGUGGAUAAACACAGGUCAGAUUCCUUGCUUCGAAGACGGGGGUCAUCAUCGACCAAACAGGCAUGCUGAGAUCUCCAGGCUUAUAUUCCGCGACCUGGAACGAAUCUCCAGCAGGAAAGACACUUCGCUUCAGGAACUUCUAGUUAUCCGCAAGAUUCACCCUUGCUUGCCAUCUUUCAAGGCCGAGUUCACCGCAUCCGUUCCCCUAACAAGGAUCCGAGACAUUGCUCACAGGAAUGACAUCCCUCACGACCUUAAGCAAGAAAUCAAACAUACGAUACAAAACAAGCUUCAUCGAUGUGCUGGCCCUGAGGAUUUAGUUGCCACAGAAGCAAUGCUUGGAAGAAUCACAAAGAAUCCCGGACAAUAUAGUGAAGCUUUUGUUCAGCAGUUCAAGAUAUUCCAUCAAGAGCUGAAAGAUUUCUUCAAUGCUGGAAGUCUGGAAGAACAGUUGGAAUCGAUCAAAGAUUCUCUGGGUUCGAGCUCUUCCCUAGCCCAGUUUUUAGAGUCUAAAAAGGCGCUGGAUAAUGUCGGUGCAAACGAUAUUUCUAAAAGUGAAUGGAUAACAGUAUUGAUGAAAACUAUACAAUCUCUGGACAAUCUCCGCCAAGAAAUCGCAAAGGGUCUAGAUAGCGGCCUUCGAAACGACGCCCCCGAUGCUGCAAUUGCAAUGCGGCAAAAGUGGCGUCUGUGUGAGAUUGGACUUGAAGACUAUUCAUUUGUUCUUCUGAGCAGGUUCGUCAAUGAACUUGAAGCUGUUGGUGGGGCCCACUGGCUCGCGGAGAAUGUAGAGCAGAAGAACGCUGGUUCUUGGAGUGAGCCACUCGGAGCUCUAGUCGCCAGCAUACAUCAGUUGGGCCUAUCAGGCUGGAAGCCCGGCGAGUGCAAAGCUAUAGGAAACGAACUCAUAGCUUGGCAAAACAGAGGUCUUCUCGAAACUGAAGGCAGCGAAAAUGGUACAAGAAUAUGGGGUUUGAGGCUUAAAGCUACACUCGAUAGAGCUAAGAGACUAACAGAAGAAUACUCUGAGGCACUUCUUAAUAUAUUCCCUGAAAGAGUUCGGAUUUUAGGAAACGCCUUUGGGGUUCCUGAUAACACUGUUAGGACGUAUGCUGAAGCUGAGAUUCGUGCCGGUGUGAUUUUUCAGGUUUCAAAACUGUGCACCCUUCUUCUGAAAGCUGUAAGGAAUGUUCUCGGGUCUGAGGGCUGGGAUAUUCUUGUACCGGGAGAUGCUGUUGGAACCCUCAUCCAGGUGGACAGCAUCGUUCCUGGGUCAAUACCAUCGUCUGUAACAGGACCGGUUAUUCUAGUCGUGAACAGAGCUGAUGGAGAUGAAGAGGUAACAGCGGCCGGAGAUAAUAUUACCGGAGUCAUCCUUUUGCAGGAGCUGCCCCAUUUAUCUCAUCUUGGUGUCCGAGCGCGGCAAGAAAGGGUUGUUUUUGUGACUUGCGAAGAUGAUGAAAAAGUUUCUGACAUCAGAAAUCUUAGUGGGAAGUUUGUGAGGUUGAAAGCGUCGCCUUCGGGGGUCAGCUUGGUUCAAACUUCAGCAGAAAGCAGCAAUGGUAACAUUCCGGUGGGAAAUAAACCGACUGAUGGUUCAUCCAAGACUGGAGACUUGGAACAGAACAGCAUGUCUUCGGAGACAGAGAUCAAAAUGGGUACGUCGUCUGGAGGUGUUAUAGCGGUUGAGGAUGCUACUAUUCAAGAUUCCGGUGCAAAGGCUGCAUCGUGUGGUCGCCUAGCUUCGUUGGCUGCUGCUUCGAAUAAAGUGUAUAACGAAGGAGGAGUUCCUGCGUCGUUCAACGCACCGAAGGGAGCGGUGAUCCCGUUCCGUUCCAUGGAACUGGCCUUGGAACGCAACGGGUCGUUGGAGACCUACGUAUCGCUUCUUGAGAGCAUAGAAACAGCCGAAAUCGACGGAGAGCUCGACCGGCUGUGUAACCGGCUUCAGGAGCUCAUAUCUUCUCUGAGUCCUUCAAAAGAAACCGUCGAAACCAUAUCGAAAAUGUUCCCGGACACCGCGCGGCUGAUAGUGCGUUCGAGCGCAAACGUGGAGGACUUGGCGGGAAUGUCCGCCGCGGGGCUGUAUGAGUCGAUCCCCAACGUCAGCCCGUCUAACCCGAUCGUCUUCGGGCACGCCGUCGCCCGCGUCUGGGCGUCCCUCUACACCCGCCGAGCCGUGCUGAGCCGCCGAGCGGCCUGCGUGCCGCAGGACCAAGCCGUGAUGGCCGUCCUCGUGCAAGAGAUGCUCUCACCAGACCUCUCGUUCGUGCUCCACACGGUCAGCCCGACCGACAAGAACGAGGACGUGGUCGAGGCGGAGAUCGCGCCGGGGCUCGGGGAAACCCUGGCUUCGGGGACGAGGGGCACGCCGUGGAGGCUCGCGGCCGGGAAGUUUGACGGGACGGUGCGGUCGUUGGCGUUCGCCAACUUCAGCGAGGAGAUGGUGGUGCGCGGGGGCGGCCCUGCGGACGGGGAGGUGAUACAGCUGACGGUGGACUACAGCAAGAAGCCCUUGACCGUUGAUGCGAGCUUCCGGCAGCAGCUCGGCCGGAAGCUCGGGGCAGUCGGGUUCUUCCUCGAGCAGAAGUUCGACGGCGCGCAGGACGUGGAAGGGUGCUUGGUCGGGAAAGAUAUCUACAUUGUGCAGACGCGGCCACAGCCGCUCUAAAGGCUGUUGGAAUACUUCACUUUCAAAAUAUAUUCCCGCGAAAAAAUUGUCAUGAUUUCCUCUUUGGUUCGUCAUCAUAAAAAAGUUACUACAACAUGCUAAUAUUUGUAAUAAUAUAGUUAUACAAUACUUACAAUAACAAUACUUACCAUCAAAUAUUUUGUUCAAACUCGUAUGUAUUA